UAAAGGUGAAGAAGAGAGAGAGGAGCAAUGGCAAUAAGUCUAACCCUUUUUCCGGUUACAGCAACAGCACCGCCGUCUUCUCUCUUCUCCAUCAAUCGUUUUUCUCGUUCCCAUCAUCACUUCUCUUAUUUCUCUUCGUCUUCUCCGACUGAAAAAUUGAGAGCAACGGCUUGGAGAUUUGCUUUCGCUACCAGAGCUAAGUCCGUGGCAACCAUGGCUGCUAAUGAGGAAUGUACGGGAAAUCUAAAACGCCAACUCGCAAAGCUGUUUGAUGUGGCUCUAAAAUUAACAGUUCCUGAUGAACCUAGUGUUGAGCCUUUGGUGGCUGCCUCCGAUGCUGGAAAAUUUGGAGAUUACCAAUGUAACAAUGCAAUGGGUCUAUGGUCCAUAAUUAAAGGAAAGGGUACUCCGUUCAAGGGUCCUCCAGCUGUUGGACAGGCCCUCGUUAAGAGUCUCCCUACUUCUGAGAUGGUGGAAUCAUGCUCUGUAGCUGGACCUGGAUUUAUUAAUGUUAUACUAUCACCUAAGUGGAUGGCUAAGAGUAUUGAAAAUAUGCUUAUCGAUGGAGUUGACACAUGGGCACCUACUCUUUCGGUUAAGAGAGCUGUAGUUGAUUUUUCCUCUCCCAACAUUGCAAAAGAAAUGCAUGUUGGUCAUCUAAGAUCAACUAUCAUCGGUGACACAAUAGCUCGAAUGCUCGAGUACUCAAAGGUUGAAGUUCUACGCAGAAACCAUGUUGGUGACUGGGGAACACAGUUUGGCAUGCUAAUUGAGUACCUCUUUGAGAAAUUUCCUGAUACAGAUAGUGUGACUGAGACAGCAAUUGGAGAUCUUCAGGUGUUCUACAAGGCAUCAAAACAUAAAUUUGAUCUGGAUGAGGAAUUUAAGGAAAAAGCACAACAGGCUGUGGUCCGUCUUCAGGGUGGAGAUCCUGUUUACCGUAAGGCUUGGGCUAAGAUUUGUGAAAUCAGCCGAACUGAGUUUGCCAAGGUUUAUCAACGCCUUCGAGUUGAGCUUGAAGAAAAGGGAGAAAGCUUUUACAACCCUCAUAUUCCUAAAGUAAUUGAAGAGUUGAAUACCAAGGGGUUGGUUGAAGAAAGCGAAGGUGCUCGUGUCAUUUUCCUCGAAGGAUUUAACAUCCCACUCAUGGUUGUAAAGAGUGAUGGUGGUUUUAACUAUGCCUCUACAGAUCUUACUGCUCUUUGGUACCGGCUCAAUGAAGAGAAAGCUGAGUGGAUUAUAUAUGUGACCGAUGUUGGCCAGCAGCAGCACUUUAAUAUGUUCUUCAAAGCUGCUAGAAAAGCAGGUUGGCUUCCAGAAAAUGAUAAAACUUACCCUAGAGUUAACCAUGUUGGUUUCGGUCUCGUCCUUGGGGAAGAUGGCAAGCGAUUUAGAACUCGGGCAACAGACGUAGUCCGCCUAGUUGAUUUGCUAGAUGAGGCCAAGACUCGCAGUAAAAUUGCCCUUGUUGAGCAUGGUAAGGACAAAGAAUGGACACCCGAGGAGCUGGACCAAACAGCUGAGGCAAUUGGCUAUGGUGCCGUGAAGUAUGCUGACCUGAAGAACAACAGAUUGACAAAUUAUACUUUCAGCUUUGAUCAAAUGCUUAAUGAUAAGGGAAAUACAGCUGUUUACCUUCUUUACGCCCAUGCUCGGAUCUGUUCAAUCAUCAGAAAGUCUGGCAAAGAUAUAGAAGAGCUGAAAAAGACAGGAAAGCUAGCAUUGGAUCAUCCAGAUGAGCGAGCACUGGGGCUUCAUUUGCUUCGAUUUGCUGAGACGGUUGAGGAAGCUUGCACCAACUUGUUACCAAGCGUACUAUGCGAGUACCUCUAUAGUUUAUCUGACCAUUACACCAGAUUCUAUUCCAAUUGUCAGGUCAAUGGUUCACCUGAGGAGACGAGUCGUCUCUUACUCUGUGAAGCAACAGCCAUAGUCAUGCGGAAAUGCUUCCACCUUCUUGGAAUCACCCCUGUUUACAAGAUUUGAUGCAUCAUGUCACACAAUUUAAACGACUCAAACGAUGAAAGGGUUUUAAUCCGUUUGGACAAUUUUCUGCAGAAUUAGUGAAAAGGUGUUCUUCAGCCCUAAAUCCUCACUUUUCUCAUUUAGUUUGGGCAACAUGUAUACAAAGUUAAACUGAACCCAGAAGGUUGUUUUGUCAUGUCAUUGAACUGAUUUUGUUGAA